AGCAUAUAAAGUUGUUUUGAUUCCCGCAACGACGACGGGUUGCAAUUUCACUCCCAACCACCCACAGUGUAUCUGCAUGCAGUUAGUGCUGCUGUGCGCAAAAAAGUAUUGAUUAUCGAUCGAGUGCCUAGGUUGCAAUAAAGUGCAAUGGUUAUCACCAAGGAAAGUCUCUCCGAUAUUCGUGAAGAGUACGAAAAGGCCCACAAGAAAAUCGAUGAGGACAGCAAGAAUGACCCGCCGACGGAACCAUUCCGGUCACACUACGCCGCCAGGGAUAUUCUACAGAAUGUACGACGAAAGCUAAAGGAUUUACUUGAAGUGCUUGAUGUGGGUUCGGAUGCUGCACUUACGGUACGCUGCAUACUGGCUAAUGUUCUGAAGGAUAUCGGCAGAAUUUCGAUUUUCACUGAGGAAUUAAGUAACGGAGAGCUAUCGCUGAAGGAAGCGCUGGAGUUGAUAAGUGAUGAUACCGAGAAACCCCAUGCCGUUAAUGCUUAUAUCGAGGUGCUCAAUCAACUUGGGAUCCUGUACUGCAACUGGGGGAACUUUGAAGAGUCCAAUCGGUACUUGGACAAGGCGAAGGAAGCAUACGAGGAAGGGAAGCGCCGUCAAAUCGAACCAUUGACGAUGUCGGAUCUGUUCGGAACCAAGGACGAAAUCGAAAAAGGGAAAGGACUGCAAUUAUUAGAGAGAAUUCACACCCUAACCUUGUACUAUCUAGCACAGGUUUAUGGCUAUUUGGAAGACCUUGUCAAGUCGGCCCACUUUUGUCAUCUUACAUUAAAGCGACAGUUAGAUUAUAAUGAUUACGAACACGUUGAUUGGGCCCUGAACUCGGCCACUUUGUCACAGUACUACUUCCCGAAGGAUUAUUUAAGCCAAGCAAGGCACCUACUGGCCGCUGCCUCGUACAUGUUGGACCGCUUCGAGGAAGAAGUGAUCCCGAAGGAAACUAAUCCUACAGCCAAGGCAGAGAAAGUUGAAACGCACCGGCAUCGGUCUGCGGAUAUUGCCCGCUGCUGGGCCAAGUAUGGUAUUCACAUUCUAACAGCAUCGAAGGAACGAUUGUGUAGGGAUGACGACGAUGACAAUGAACGUGCAUCGAAGCCGCAGUCGACAGAUGGUUUGAGCCCAGUCAGGGACAUCGAUCGAUUUAUUGGAUUAGAGGGACUCUCGGUUUACGAGGAUCAAAUAACGGACGAGUUCUGUUUGACGUUCGAGGAUGCAAAACUUGUAAUGUGUAAUGGAUUGGCGUGGUUGAAUAAAGCCAAAGAAUAUUACACCAAGGAAACGGAAGCUUCGCAAUACGCCAAAAUUAUUCAGGAUGUUGCCUCCUUGUACAAGCAGCUAGCGUUUUUCGACGACAACGAAGAUAACCAGUGCAAGCUGUACAAACGAUGCAUUGAUCAGCUAGAGGAACUUGAUCAGACCUUGAAUGCUACAUACUACCAGACUAUUUGCAGAGAAAUUUGGUACGAGCUGGGACUAACCUAUUCUAAGAUAUUGGAUGCAAAGUUGAGCAAGCUGGAAUCACUCGCAUCAAAUGAAAGACCUACGCCACAUGCUCUUAACAAAAUCAAUAAACUGUGCGAGAAAAGUAUCGGCAAGUUUCAGAAGUUUCUCGAAUCGUACAAGGUACCGCUCGAUACGCUCGAAGUCCCAACCGGCAUCGAUGAAUCCGAGCUGCAGCCAAUUUUGUUCGCAUUCUUCCACAUCGGUCGGCUGUAUUAUAAGGUCAUCACACCCGACAAACGACUACAGCUUGCCAACGUGAAGAACAGCUUCCGUUACUAUCAUAACUUUGUCAAGCAUUGUGAACAGUAUGAAACCGUUGGUGCUCAGUUUAAGGCGGAAAUGGGAGUUUGUAAAGAAAUGAACACACUGUUGCCGUUGAAAAUUAAAAAAUUGACGGAUGAGUUGAACGAAUAAAAGCGUUUAAUAGAUUUUAGCAUGCCAGUGAAUA